UGAAUCGUGUAAAAAAAUCAGUGAAACGGUCGCGAUUUGUUUCUACAUUCUUCAAACUAGAAAAACGCUAUUCAAUUGCUAGUGAGUUUAAAUACAUUUAUUUGCAAAUCAUGGAUGAACUAGAACAGCUCGAGCACCUUUCGUUGGUGUCUAAAAUUUGCACCGAAUUGGAAAAUCAUCUUGGUUUGAAUGAUAAAGAUUUAGCCGAAUUCAUCAUCGACUUGGCCGAUAAAAACCCUUCGCUGGAUGCUUUCAAGCGAGUGCUGGGAGAAAAUGGAGCGGAGUUUUCUGACUCGUUCACAGCCAACCUAUUGCGAAUCAUUCAAUUGAUGAAACCACCGACUCAUGGAAAAGGUGGGGACAACGUUUCUGCGUUCGAGGAAGACGAUCGCACGGGUGGCUUAGCUUUGAAGUUUCCAGGACUGGCGAUACCGAACGCAAAACCAGGCUAUGAAGAUGAUGAGUAUGAGGAUCACAAGAAGAGCAAACCUAAUGUGGUAGAUGACAUGUUUGCUGAGUUGGAGAGUAUGGCACCAACAUCUUCAAAAGUGGAGAGUAGCAAGACUCGUGAGCAACAGGAGGUGGAGAAUAUGUUUGCAGAGCUGGAAAGUCUAGAACCAACACCGUCAGCCUCUACAAAAAAGAAGGAAAGUGUGGAGAAGAAACGAGAUCGGCGAAGCAGAUCUCGGGACAGAAAGAGAAGCCGAUCUAGGGAUCGUAAGAGGAGUAAAUCUAGAGAUAGGCGUAGAAGCAGAUCUAGGGACCGCGAUCGUAGGAGAAGGUCGAGAUCGCGGCACCGAUCAAGAUCGCGUGACAAGGAACAAAGACGGAGAAGUAGAUCGAGGAGUAGAGAUCGUGAUCGUCGUUCGAGACGGAGUCGUAGCAGAUCCAAGGAUCGCCACAGAAGACAGCGAAGCAGAUCAAGAGAGUUUGAACGACGUAAGCGCACACCACCAGUUCAAAUGCCUGAAGAGCCAGAACCGGGGAAGAUUUAUGACGGGCGAGUUGUAAAUAUAGUUGCUUUUGGUUGUUUUGUGCAGCUAAUGGGUUUUCGGAAGAAGAAAGAAGGCUUAGUUCAUAUUUCACAGCUAUCGUCGGAGGGUAGAGUGGGCAGCGUAACAGAUGUGACAAAUCGAGGAGACAACGUGAAGAUUAAGGUUAUUUCUAUCGCUGGAAGCAAGAUAUCACUCAGUAUGAAAGAUGUCGAUCAAGCCUCUGGAAGAGAUCUCAAUCCACUGUCGCACGCUCAUCUCCAGGAGAGUAGUGACCUUGCGAACAGAAACCCGGACCGACCGAUGCAUGUUCCGUCUAUGCUUAAUUUUCAAGACAACGGAGAUGCAAUGGAAGAAACUUCACGUAAAAAAGUCACACGCAUUUCCAGUCCGGAGCGUUGGGAAAUAAAGCAAAUGAUCUCGUCGGGUGUAAUUGAUCGUAGUGAAAUGCCCGAUUUCGACGAAGAAACCGGUUUGCUGCCAAAGGAUGAGGAUAGUGAGGCAGAUAUUGAAAUUGAAAUAGUCGAAGACGAACCACCCUUUCUGCAAGGGCAUGGCCGAGCGCUUCAUGAUUUGUCACCGGUUAGAAUAGUAAAAAAUCCUGACGGUUCCCUGGCACAAGCAGCUAUGAUGCAAUCGGCCCUAGCGAAGGAACGACGUGAACAGAAGAUGCUUCAACGGGAGCAGGAAAUGGAUGCGGUGCCAACUAAUAUGAGUAAAAAUUGGAUCGAUCCACUGCCAGAGGAGGAUGCGCAAUCACAUGCAUCCAAUACGCGAGGCGUUGGAAUGACCAUGCAGGAUGUUCCAGAGUGGAAGAAAGCUAUUAUAGGUGGAAAGAAAUCUUCGUAUGGUAAAAAGACUGACAUGAGUCUGGUUGAGCAACGUCAGUCGCUUCCGAUCUACAAACUUAGGGACGACCUAAUCAAAGCCGUCACGGAAAAUCAAAUUCUGAUAGUUAUCGGUGAAACUGGUUCUGGAAAGACGACCCAAAUUACCCAAUAUCUAGCUGAGUGUGGAUUCGUGGCGAGGGGUAAAAUUGGUUGUACGCAACCGCGCCGAGUUGCUGCCAUGUCCGUCGCAAAACGAGUCGCCGAAGAGUAUGGUUGUAGACUGGGGCAAGAGGUUGGCUACACGAUUCGUUUCGAGGAUUGCACCAGCCAGGAAACCGUCAUCAAAUACAUGACGGACGGUAUGUUGCUACGAGAAUGUUUGGUGGAUUUCGAUUUGAAAUCGUACUCGGUUAUUAUGUUGGACGAAGCGCACGAGCGGACCAUCCAUACGGAUGUCCUGUUCGGUCUCCUGAAGCAAGCAGUGCAGAAGCGACCGGAGUUGAAGCUAAUCGUGACAUCGGCAACACUGGAUGCAGUUAAAUUUUCGCAGUAUUUUUUCGAGGCUCCCAUUUUCACCAUACCCGGCCGGACCUUUCCGGUGGAGAUUCUGUACACGAAAGAACCCGAAACGGAUUAUUUGGAUGCUUCUUUAAUCACGGUUAUGCAAAUACAUCUACGUGAACCACCUGGCGACGUUUUGCUUUUCCUCACUGGACAAGAGGAGAUCGAUACCGCGUGCGAAAUUCUGUACGAAAGGAUGAAAUCGCUUGGUCCGGACGUUCCAGAGCUGAUCAUUCUUCCGGUGUAUUCCGCCCUUCCAUCCGAAAUGCAAACGAGAAUUUUCGAUCCUGCUCCUCCGGGUAGUCGGAAAGUUGUCAUCGCUACCAACAUUGCCGAAACGUCGCUGACUAUUGACGGAAUUUACUACGUCGUCGACCCGGGAUUCGUGAAGCAAAAAGUGUACAAUUCCAAAACAGGAAUGGAUUCUCUGGUGGUAACUCCGAUUUCGCAGGCCGCCGCCAAACAGAGAGCUGGUCGCGCUGGUCGAACAGGUCCGGGGAAAGCUUAUCGGUUGUACACCGAACGAGCCUACCGAGACGAAAUGUUACCAACACCGGUCCCAGAAAUCCAACGUACAAAUUUGGCCACAACGGUACUGCAGCUCAAAACGAUGGGAAUCAAUGAUUUAUUACACUUUGAUUUCAUGGAUGCCCCACCGGUUGAGUCAUUGGUAAUGGCUCUGGAACAGCUUCACUCCUUAUCGGCACUAGAUAAUGAAGGUCUGCUGACACGACUGGGUCGUCGAAUGGCAGAGUUUCCUCUGGAACCGAAUCUGUCUAAAAUGCUCAUCAUGUCGGUUGCUCUGCAAUGCUCCGACGAAAUUUUGACUAUUGUAUCAAUGCUAUCUGUCCAAAACGUUUUCUACAGACCGAAGGAUAAGCAAGCGCUAGCUGACCAGAAAAAGGCCAAGUUCAAUCAGAUCGAGGGCGAUCACCUUACACUGCUAGCUGUAUACAACAGUUGGAAGAAUAAUAAGUUUUCCAAUGCGUGGUGCUAUGAGAACUUUGUGCAAAUAAGAACUUUGAAACGGGCGCAAGACGUUCGGAAGCAAUUGUUAGGUAUCAUGGAUAGGCAUAAAUUGGACGUAGUAUCAGCAGCUAAGAACACAGUCCGAGUACAGAAGACGAUUUGUUCCGGUUUCUUCCGGAAUGCAGCCAAGAAAGAUCCGCAGGAAGGAUAUAGAACGCUAGUUGAUUCACAGGUAGUUUACAUCCAUCCCUCUAGUGCACUGUUCAACCGGCAGCCGGAAUGGGUCGUUUACCACGAGCUGGUCCAAACCACGAAAGAAUACAUGCGGGAAGUGACAACUAUCGAUCCGAAAUGGUUAGUAGAAUUUGCUCCGGCGUUCUUCCGGUUCUCAGAUCCUACGAAGCUGAGCAAGUUCAAGAAAAAUCAACGAUUGGAACCACUCUACAACAAGUACGAAGAACCGAACGCGUGGCGAAUCAGUCGAACUCGAAGAAGACGAAACUAAUCAGACUAUACGUAUAUUAUUGUUUAUUGGCGCUACGUUUACGAUCUGUAAACAAGCAAAUACAGCUGAGUGCUCCGCA